GAAAAAGUGAAGAGGAGAGGAGAGCGGAACAUCGCCAUCUUGUCCUAUUUUAUAUUUCUAAUGUUGGGUGGGACAAAACUGAGCAUCUAAAACGCUCAUUUGUUCGUCCUACUACACCUUGAUCACGUCGAUCAGGUUUGGACAAAGAUAAUGUCUGCUAUGGAGCCGCCAACCGUGGCCUUGAAAUGGGACCCAAAAAACCUCGAAAUCAAAACGCUCUCGGUGGAGAAGACGCUGGAGCCGCUGGUCAUACAGGUGACCACACUGGUCAACACCAAGGGGCCUUCCAAGAAGAAGAAGGGACGCUCCAAACGUGCGCACGUCCUCGUGGCGGCCGUGGAGAGGGCCACGGAGAAUUUCAUAAAGAAGGGGGAGGAGAUAGCCAAUGAAAAUCCCGACAUCCAUCAGGAAAUGAUGGCGGCUGUGGAGGAAGUGCGCAAGACCGGUGAAGCCAUGAGCAAGGCAUCGCGCGAGUUUGCAGAGGAUCCCUGCUCGUCGAUGAAGCGUGGCAACAUGGUGCGCUCAGCGCGCAACCUUCUUUCGGCUGUCACGCGCCUCUUAAUUUUGGCCGACAUGGUGGACGUCCAUCGUCUUCUCAAAUCCUUGAUAGUAGUUAAGGACGAUCUUGACAAAGUGAAAAACGCUUCUAGCCAGUCGGAAUUGAUGCAAUUCUUCAGGAACUUUGGCAUCAACACAAUGGACCUGAUCCAGCAAGCUGCACGCAGGCAGGCAGAGCUGAAGGACUCAAGGUUGCGAGACGACCUGGCCGCGGCACGAGCCGUGCUGAAGAAAAACAGCAUGAUGCUGCUCACCGCGUCCAAGGUCUACGUCCGCCACCCUGAGCUCUCUGCUGCAAAGGAAAACCGUGACUUUGUCUUUCGUCAAGUCUGCGAGGCCGUGAACACCAUCAGCGACGUUGCGCAGGGUCGCGCCGGCGACGGAAUCCUGGUUCCGACGUACGAAGGUCCGGGAGAGCUGGCCGCGGCCCUCGACGACUUCGACGAGCACGUCGUACUCGAUCCGCUGACCUACAACGAACUGCGUACCCGUCCCGCGCUGGAAGAACGUCUCGAGAGCAUCAUCAGCGGCGCGGCACUCAUGGCGGACUCUUCCUGCACGCGGGACGAACGGCGAGAGCGAAUCGUUGCGGAGUGCAACGCUGUCCGCCAGGCCCUGCAAGACCUUCUUGCGGAGUACAUGGCUAGUGCGGGUCGCAAGGACGAAAAUCUAGACAAGGCUGUCGACCACAUGGCCCGUAAGACGCGUGACUUGCGGAGGCAGUUGCGCAAGGCUGUCGUGGACCACGUGUCCGAUUCCUUCCUGGAGACGCAGGUGCCACUUCUCGUGCUGCUAGAAGCGGCUCGCGCCGGGAACGAGCGUCAGGUCGAAGACUACGCCAUCGUGUUCGCCGAGCACGCCCACAAACUGGUGGAGGUGGCCAACCUGGCCUGCUCCAUGUCGAGCCACGAAGACGGAGUCAAAAUGGUGAGGUGUGCGGCGGCCCACAUCGAGGGCCUCUGCCCGCAGGUGAUCAACGCGGCCCGCAUUUUGGCCGCGCGGCCACGGUCGAAAGUGGCACAGGAGAACAUGGACGCCUUCCGCGACGCCUGGGAAAAUCAAGUGCGGCUGCUCACCGAAGCCGUGGACGACAUCACCACGAUCGACGACUUCUUGGCAGUUUCAGAAAACCACAUCCUCGAAGACGUGAACAAAUGUGUGCUGGCACUUCAAGAGAACGACGCAGACGCCCUGGAUCGCACGGCGGGAGCCAUUCGAGGGCGCUCCGCACGUGUCUGCAACGUUGUGACGUCCGAGAUGGAUAACUACGAGCCGGGGAUCUACACGGAACGUGUGCUCGAAGCUGUGGCUGUGCUAAGGGACCAAGUAAUGCCCAACUUUGCUCAGAAAGUUGAGAUGGCGGUUCAGGCUCUCAGUGCAAGUCCUCACAAAGAGAUGGACGAGAACGAGUUUAUCGACGCCUCGCGGCUGGUGUACGACGGAGUCCGAGAGAUCCGUAGGGCGGUCCUCAUGAACAGGAGUGCGGAUGAACUGGACUCCGAAACUGAAAUCGAAUACGAGGACAACACUUACGAAACACGCAGCAAAUCGAGCGCCCACACGGCAGACUACGACGAGUACCCGGACAUCAGUGGAAUUAACAACACCAGAGAUGCCUAUCGUUUUGUGUCUGAGGAAGAAAAGCAGAAGAUUGCGGCGCAAGUGGAGACGUUUCGAACGGAAAAGAACAAAUUUGAUAGAGAGGUGGCAAAGUGGGAUGACACUGGAAAUGACAUCAUUGUUCUUGCCAAGCAGAUGUGCAUGAUCAUGAUGGAGAUGACAGAUUUCACAAGAGGGAAGGGGCCACUCAAGACGACCAUGGAUGUCAUAAAUGCGGCCAAGAAAAUAUCGGAGUACGGCACCAAACUGGACAAGCUGGCAAGGACUAUCGCCGACCAGUGCCCGGAGAGUAGCACCAAAAAGGACCUGAUAGCAUACCUGCAACGAAUUGCCCUGUACUGCCAUCAGCUGAACAUCACAAGCAAGGUGAAGGCGGAUGUCCAAAACAUCUCCGGGAACCUCAUCGUGUCGGGGCUCGACAGUGCUACGUCUCUAAUCCAAGCGGCGAAAAACCUCAUGAACGCUGUGGUGCUUACGGUCAAGGCUUCCUACGUGGCUUCCACUAAAUACCCACGAAGUGGCGUUGUCAGUUCUCCCAUUGUGGUCUGGAAGAUGAAGGCCCCGGAGAAGAAGCCCCUCGUGCGGCGAGAGAAGCCCGAGGAAGUUCGCGCCAAGGUGCGCAAGGGCUCGCAGAAGAAGAACAUAGCCCCCAUCAAGGCUCUCAGUGAGUUUCAGUCCCCCGCCGAAUCCGUCUGACCGCCGUUUGGGACCCUUCGAAAUCCCUGUUUGUGUGCAUGCCUUACGCCGUUUCAAACACGACCCUGUUUUCUCUCUAUUGCAGCAUGAUUCACUUGAACACUCCUUCCGCUGCCGAGCAUUCUUUGCAAAAAAAGCUUGCGUGGCCCUUGUGCUUCUCACUGCUUUCUAACACUUGCUCUCGGGCGAAGUCCUCUUUCUCUUCUCAAGACCACUGCUUUCCGUCGUCUGUUGUGCACUCUCAGAUUUUAGCCGCACCCACUUCAACUAACCUGUAGUGUCUCCCGUCAAACGUUGCAGUUCUUUCGCUCUCGCACUCUUAGGGGCCGACAUUUAACCUAGAGAAGCCGCCGUACUGAAUAAAAUGGGCUACUCGUACGUCCGCCGCGAGGUAGCCAUGGUGACCCGUAGACAGAGGGCAUUUUCCUAGCGGUUGAUUAAAGGGAACCACAGCUGACUGCCCAGAAACAUUGUCUCGUUUGUGAGGCUUGCUAGCAACGAAGGGACUGUUUAGUAGGGAUAAGGAAUUUUUAAGCUCAAAGCUUCACGUAGCUUGGUAAGCAGAAAGAGCUGCAACGGUUUUGGCGCGACACGCACACCCGUGUACGUGGUUGUACUUUAGAAGAUUUUAAAAUGCCUCCUUGGCUUCCGAACAUAGUUUUUGUACUUAAGAAUGUACCCUGUGUGUCUAAAUGUGUGUGCUCGUGCAUAUAUUUUAUCAUUCCAAGACAUAUGAGAGUAGAGCUACAAUGAUCAAUAAAAAAUCUUGGACAAGGUGA